AUGGGCAGGUCUCUCGUCUUCUUGGCCAGCGCCCCUGUCAAAUUCUCUCGAGAACUCAACUGGGUUCCGCCCCUCGGUCAGAAGCUUCGCCAGUCGUUCCCCCGCACGACCCGUCAAGUUUCUCUUGGUGGGUUCUUGAAAUUUCCGUCCUUCAGCGCAAAUCAAGGGCGGACGCUCAGCGUGAGGGCCGUCGUGUCUUCCGACACCUCGUACCCGAAAGUGGGUGCUACGUCGACUGGACCAAUCCCUGGUAGUCAACUCGCCGAAGUCGUCGAGACUGCCGCCAAGACCGGUGCUCAGGUUGUUAUGGAUGCUGUUAAUAAGCCCAGGAAUAUUUUCUACAAAGGACUAACUGAUUUGGUGACCGAAACAGACAAAAUGAGUGAGGCUGCAAUAUUAGAUGUUGUAAGGAAGAAUUUUCCAGAUCAUCUAAUUCUGGGGGAGGAAGGAGGAAUAAUUGGAGAUUCAUCAUCUGGUUAUCUUUGGUGCAUUGAUCCAUUAGAUGGGACGACAAACUUUGCCCAUGGUUACCCUAGCUUUGCAGUUUCUGUUGGAGUUCUUUUCCAAGGAAAUCCUGCUGCUGCAGCAGUGGUGGAGUUCGUUGGAGGCCCUAUGUGCUGGAAUACCCGCAUGUUUUCUGCCACAGCAGGUGGAGGAGCAUUCUGUAAUGGGCAAAAAAUUCAGUCAAGCAAAACGGAUCUGGUGGAGCAAUCUCUUCUAGUGACUGGAUUUGGUUACGAGCAUGAUGAUCCGUGGGCUACCAACAUGGAGUUAUUUAAAGAUUUUACUGAUAUUAGCCGGGGAGUGAGAAGGCUCGGAGCAGCUGCUGUUGACAUGUGCCAUGUAGCUCUAGGAAUCGCGGAAGCAUACUGGGAGUACCGUCUGAAGCCAUGGGACAUGGCUGCUGGAGUUUUGAUAGUCGAAGAAGCAGGUGGGGCUGUUACUCGCAUGGAUGGGGGAAAGUUUUGUGUUUUUGAUAGAUCUCUUUUGGUGUCAAAUGGUGCUGUGCAUGGCAAGCUUCUGGACAGAAUCGCGCCUGCUACUGAGAAACUGAAGGCCAAAGGAAUUGACUUUUCGUUGUGGUACAAGCCUGACAAUUAUCAGACCGACUUAUGAGCUGCUGAAGAUACGGUCAUCUCCACCAGGAAAGGGUCUCGCUCCAAGCGCCUUUUCAUUUCUUAAUAAUCUUUGCCGGGUCAUUCAGUUCUUGAGUAGUAGACUAAAGGAGGCAGGUGGACAACAUGCAUGUCUUGAUUGUAAAUUAUUCAUUCGACCAAUUUAUUGAAGAAUGAUAAAGCCCUACGACCCAUGUCAGUUUGCAAUCA